AUGGCCCUGGUCCGCGAUCCAUACUUUUGGAAGCGUUUCUCCACCGCAGUUCAUCUAGAAGAAGAAGCCAAGAGCGACAUAGAAGCCACGACACCUGUCAAGGAACCUGACUCCUGGCUCGAGCGAGAACGUCGCAAGCGCAAGCGAUCGCUAAUCUGGGGUUUUAUCAUAUUCUUCGGCGUCAUCCUCCUGGUGACUGGCGGUGUGGUCGUCUGGUGGCUCGCCAAGCACAACUGGCUGCAAAAGGUUGAGCCUUAA